GUGUGCAGGUGCUGCAUACUACAGAAUGUGUACGCGCGCAUCCCGUGCAGAAGGUGACUUUGCAUCUUACUGGAGAUGUCCCGCACAGUGUGUAAAUGUGAGAGUUUGGACAAUGUCGUUUCUGUCUCUGCCGCUCGUGUGCGCGUUGCUGUGCGCCUCUACAUGCGUCGCGUUGUGUCCGCCGCGCUGCGAGUGUUUGAACACGCGACAUACAGUGCGCUGCGCGUCUGCUGCGCUCCGCCGGAUACCUGCCGCGAUACCGCGCGACGCGAGCCGCCUGAUUAUCACCGGAGACGCGAUUCACCGACUCGAGCACGGCGAGUUAAACGGACUGAAGAACGUCACCGACCUCAACCUGAGUAACAACGGAAUUCUGGAAGUCGGAUCUCGUGCGUUCUCUUCUAUGCUCAUGCUUCGUUCUCUAGUCCUGAACAACAACGAUCUGGUUCUGAUUCAUCCAGAGGCGUUCUCUGUGCCUGGAAGUCCUCUGCAGGAGCUCAGCCUCAGGUCAUCGCUCUAUAACUACAGCUCUCUGACCGACCUCAUAACCGCCCUGCGCUGGGGUGACCUCACAAACCUGCUGCUCCUCGACCUGUCGGGCAACCGCCUCGUUCUCUUACCCCCCGGCAUGUUCUCUCCUCUACCCAACCUGCAGCAUCUCUAUCUGGGCAACAACUCUCUGGUGGCCAUCUACAACAGCACUUUCUCUGGUGUGGAGCAACUUUUGGAGCUGGAUCUGACCAGAAACGCCUUUAGAGCUAUUAGCGGCGAGGGUCUUAGCGAGUUGGAGCGACUCGGUCGCGUCCGUCUGCUGUUGAGUCAGAAUCCGUACGUGUGCGGAUGUGAAAUGCAAGAGUUUGUGAACUGGAUAAACAGUUCAAAGAUCAGGGUGGGUGAUAUGGAUAGACUGUAUUGCGAUUUCCCUGAAGAGCAGCGCAAUGUCUCUUUGCGGGCCCUCAAUGCACAUGCACUAGGAUGUUUCGGUAAACCGGGCGAAGAGGUGGCUGACUUGUCCCUACAAACAUCCUAUGUGUUCCUUGGAUUGGUUCUUGGGUUUGUCGGAAUGGUCUUCCUCUUUGUGGUCUACCUCAACCGACAGGGCAUUAAGAAGUGGAUCACAGACAUAUAUGAAGCCUGUCGAGAUGUUUUGGAGGGUUAUCAUUAUCGUUACGAAAUUGACUCAGACCCACGACUGGGGCACAUCCAACAGACAAACAGCAAGCAGGGUCAACCGCGAACGGACACGCGUCUGGGACACAUUCCCUCUGAUACCCGUAUCACACAGAUUCCAUCUGAUGUAACAUUAUAACUGCAUUGCAAACAACUAGACAAUGUUUUUCAACCAGAACUGUGAAUAUUCUGUCCUGCUGUUGCAGUGUACUUGACACUUUUAUAUCGACGUAAAGGGGUUUCUAAUGGCUAAUGCUGAUAACUCUAGAGAUGUAGUGGCUGAUGUAGUGCUAAUACAUAUGUUAUAUAUACUAGGGCUGCAGAAUGAAUCUAUAAAAUAGUUUGAGAUUACAAUUACAGCUUUCGCAAUUAUAUAAUCAUGAAAAGUGUCAAUUACAGCAUUAUGUGUGCUCCCAUUGCGCUAACAUUUUCUACUUACAACAUAUUUUUUGGGGCCGUUGUGUGCAUGAAUGCAGAGGCAAAUCUGAUGUGUAUAAACUAGUCUUAAGGUAUAUCAGUAAUGCUCAAUAUCUAAAUUAUACCGUGCACAAUUUAUUUAAAAUGUGAAUAACGCUUUUUGUUUUACAUGCAAUUAAAAUAUUAAAGCAAUUCAGGAACAUAGUUCUCAAGUUGUUUUGAUGCAUAGCCUUCAUAAAGAUUAUGGCAUGCAACUGUCCCACACAAAAUAAGUAUUAUAAUGCAGAUUAUAUUCAUUAAAAUGAAUAAAUGCAAAAUUACAGUAUCAAAGGAAAUAAUCGGCAAUUAUGAUUUUCGUCAUAAUCGUGCAGCCCUAUAUGAAAUCAUUUGACAAGCACAGUUCACUUUCCUAUUUUGACAGAUGUCCAAUUGAAACAGGAUGUUUAGGCAAUAUCGAAAGGCUUGCCCAUUUUUUUUAAAUAGCAGAAAGACCAUUUUAAACACCAUAUAUAUUUGCAAAAGUAGAUAUUUGGAACCGAGCCAGUUACAGUAUCUAUCAUCAAAUUAAAGAGCGGGUUGUUGUCCUGCCAAACUUUCUAGAAUGUAUCAGCAGACUUAUAGACGCACUGAAUGACUUCUCAUGUGUAUCUAACACAAUAUGACUGAAUUACUGUCUCCAUUAUAUUUCAUAAGCUAUUCGCUGGGUUGAAACGCUCACAUUAUUUGGUGCGGCCCACCACAUUCGCUGCUACAUGGCGUUAUGGCUCAUCUCACCGCGCCUUGAGAAAAGCAGGGCGAUGGAGAGAGUGUUCAGGGGAAAAUGGGGCACAAUGAAGGAUUUUGAGAGUAAUGUUCCCUGAGAGCACAUAGUGAACGUCUGUGUGUGCAUUUGUGCUUGCUGGAGCAGUGAACUAAUGACUGUAAUUGAUCAACACCAGACAGCACUUAUUCAUCAGUGUCUCUGCUUUUGGCAAUGUAAUGUAACCUUUACAUUAAAAAGUAGUCCAAACAAAAGAGAUCUAUAUUGCUUUUUUUUUUUUGCUUUUUGCUUAGAGUAGGAAUAACGUUCUUAUUUUAGUUUUUAAUGAUAAAAUUACAUUCAGGGCUCCCACAUGAAAAACCAGGUAAAAUCAGGGAAUUUUAAAAUUGUGAUUUCCAGGCCUGGAAAAGCCAUGGCAACUAAUAAAAUCUUUAAAACUAAUAAAAAUGUCAUGGAAAGUUUUUCUAGUUGUGCUCAGCUCUAAAAUAUCUGCCAGAAAUUGCUUUUAGAGAGUGUAAUCUUUAUUAUUAUUAUUGUUAAUCACAAACAGCUGAAACAAUCAUUGAAAUUCAUUGGUCAAAAAAAUGCAUAUAUCAAUAUGGGUCAUUCCACAGAUAAAGAAUACUUAUUUAUUUUCAGAAAUGUACAUUUACAUUUUCUAUUUUCUUCCAUAUUCGAUAUAUCUGAAUAUAUGAAACCACCAGAAACAUGUUUUCCCAUUUCAGUUGCUAAUAUUAUUAAAAUUGCAUUACAUUACUUUUAUGUAAAUGGACUGAGAAGUGUGUAAACACUCUUAUUGACAUGUGCCCAUUUACCUGCGAUACACUGUAAAAUAACAUCUAGAUACUUAUAAAAUAACAUCUAGAUAGCACUGCAUGUCAUUAUUGCAAAUGUGAAUAAUUGAUACUAGAUCGAGAAAACCUGGUAAAAGUGAAAUUCAAGUGUGUUGUUGAGUUUGUGCAUGAGAUUUUUGUUUUUGAGCUAUAACCAAGCAUGAAUGACAUUUAUAAUAUGAAGUAAAUAUACAUUCUUUAUUACUAAUGAGCCUUUAAUUCACACACUUAGUGCUCUUUCAUGGAAUCCACUUUAUUUAUUGUGUUUAACAAUGGCUACUACUUUACUAUAAAACAACAAGGAACAU